AUGAAGUUUGAUGACAGAGACCAACUGAAAGUCAUGGAAAUGAUUACCAUAUGCAAUGUCUACCAAAGACGAAACAAAAUUUUAACCUGCACUGAUGGAUUUCAGCCAGUAGAUGGAAUUUGCAUUGAUGUUGAUGAAUGCAUAACUGACCCACCAUGCCCACCUGACACUACAUGUGUGAAUAAUGUUGGCGGCUAUCAAUGUAUAUUCAACCUAGAACCAACUUGCCCACCAUUUAGCUGUUUAAUUUUCUGUGAGCAUGGUAACCAAGUAGAUGAGAAUGGGUGCAAAAUCUGUGCAUGCAACCCACCACCAGAACCAACUUGCCCACCAUUUAGCUGUUUAAUUUUUUGUGAGCAUGGUAACCAAGUAGAUGAGAAUGGGUGCAAAAUCUGUGCAUGCAACCCACCACCAGAACCAACUUGCCCACCAUUUGUUUGUUUAAUUUUCUGUGAACAUGGUAACCAAGAGGAUGAGAAUGGGUGCAAAAUCUGUGCAUGUAACCCACCACCAGAACCAACUUGCCCACCAUUUAGCUGUUUAAUUUUCUGUGAGCAUGGUAACCAAGUAGAUGAGAAUGGGUGCAAAAUCUGUGCAUGUAACCCACCACCAGAACCAACCUGCCCACCAGUUAGCUGUUUAGUUUUCUGUGUACACGGUAACCAAGUAGAUGAGAAUGGGUGCAAAAUCUGUGCAUGCAACCCACCACCAGAACCAACUUGCCCACCAUUUAUUUGUUUAAUUUUCUGUGAACAUGGUAACCAAGUAGAUGAGAAUGGGUGCGAAAUCUGCGCAUGCAACCCACCACCAGAGCCAACCUGUCCGCCACUUGUCUGCUUAGUAUUCUGUAAACAUGGUAAUCAGUUUGAUGAUAAUGGUUGCCAACUAUGUGCUUGCAAUGCCCCUCCAUCGCCAACCUGUCCUCCUCUUGAGUGCCUUAUUUUCUGCGAGUUUGGCUAUCAUGUUGAUGAUAGAGGAUGUGACAUUUGUGCGUGCAACCCACCCCCAGCACCUGCUUGUCCUCCAAUCAACUGCCAGCUUAGCUGUACGUUUGGCUUUGUCAAAGAUUCUGACGGUGAAUGUGAUAUCUGUGAAUGUUUUAAUCCAUUUCAAGAAGCAGUCUGCUCACCACUAUUUUGUAAAAAUGAUUGUGGACCAAUCGGCUACACACUUGACUCAGAUGGCUGCAAGACAUGUCAAUGUAACUACCUUGAGGAUGUACCCAUUCCACCACAAAUUUCAAAAGUUUCCAGAACAAAAUCAGUGGGUAAAGAACUUGAGCUACAAUGUGAAGCAGAUGGCGUUGAACAACCAAGUAUUACUUGGAAGAAAGAUGGUAUAGUACUUGAGGCUGGUGAUGGCAUUGAAUUGGAGGGCGACACUCUUAGUAUCCAAGAAAGAGAAGCUCAUGAUAAUGGAAUGUAUCAGUGUGUUGCAACAAAUAGCAUUGGAACUGCUGAGUCUGGAUUCCUAGAUCUUAGAGUGGGAUAUAUGAAUGAUAUUCCGAAAAGGCGACUUAGAGUCCAUAGAGUUAAAGUCAAUCAAUUUUAUAAGUUUAUAUGUGACCGACCAAAUUCUUACCCCACCCCUCGUGUAUACUGGAGCAAAGGUCGCUAUAGCAUACCAAUGGUGUAUGACAACCGUGUCUAUCAAGAUAGCGAAAACAAUCUGGUGAUUUCCAAUGCCAAACCUGAGGAUAGUGAUGUGUAUGUGUGUGUUAUUUUCAAUGACCUCAUCAGCAAAUCUGUCUUUUCAAGGUUUCAUCGCCUCGUCCUAUCAGGCAGAGCUCCUACUGACCGCAGGUCUGUCCAGCUUGCGACCCCAAUGCAAGAGACUGUGUAUGUUGUUAGUGGAGAUACCUUCAACCUCUGGUGCUCUCCUCAAGGCUUCCCGACUCCAACGACUGUUUGGGAGAAACUUAAUGGCUCACUCUCAAACGUUGUAUAUGAAAAUGGCGGUUUGAAGCUAACUGUGUUCAAUGCGGCAUAUGAGGAUUCUGGCAGAUACAAAUGCAGCUCACAGAAUGGCAUUGGAGACCCGUUUGAAGGCUUUGUUGAUGUUGUAGUUGGAGAUAAGCCAUCCUGGUUGGUCGAGCUCAAGAGUAUUGUACUUUCUGUUGAGGAUUCUGUAACAUUAGCAUGUGAGGCUGAGGGCAUACCAGACGUAACUUAUGAUUGGAUGUUCAAUGGGAAAUCAAUUUCAUUAGGAAAUGUGCGUGUUGCUGACCAUACACUUCAGAUAAAUACCGCAAAUCUGGAAAACCGUGGUGUUUACACAUGCAAAGCAUCCAACAGGUUUGGUACAAUUUUAAGUAAUGGUGCAGUCAAUGUUGUUGAGUUUACUCCAAGGGUCAUUCAGUCUAGUAACAGAAACCUGACAGUCUCCGAGGAUCAAAGUGUGGUGCUUCAUUGUCAAGGUUAUGGUGCUCCUGUUCCAACUAUUGUUUGGAAAUCAGAUAAAUAUGGUGUGAUUGAUUCCAACAGCAAGUUCGAAGUCAGGGAUGAUGAGUAUCUGAUCAUUCAUGAUGUUGAGGUGUCUGAGGGUGGUAUUUACACUUGUGUAGUUAGCAAUGUUAUAGGAGAAGCUCAAGUCAAUUUCAACAUACUUGUACAGGGAUCUGAUAAAAUUGUUAUGGAUGCAAUACCUAGGAAUCAGGCCAUCAUAGUUGGCCAAUCAGCGAGCUUCAAGUGCCAGGUCCAGCACUCAAACACAGAGGUCACAGACAUCGAAUGGCAAGAUGAAAAUGGAGAAGUCAUUGGUCAGACUGGUAAUGCCAGUUAUGUGGUGGAUGACAACAACACUCUUAGCAUUUUGUCAGCUGGGUUUGAGGACCAGAGACAGUACACAUGUGUGGCACGCACAGAUCGCAUUCAAGGAACAGCCAGUGUUAGACUCUUUGUGAAUGAUAUUCCACAACCUCCAACCGAUGUCAAAGUUGAAAUGCAAGAGGACUUGUUAGCCACUCUUUCAUGGACACCUUCUUUCGAUGGAAACACUGCGAUUCUGCUUUACAUAGUAGAGUACACCACACAACAUGAAGGGUACGGAUGGCGGAAGAUGCAAGAGGUUAACGGAGCAUCCAAUAGCAUCAUUCUUAAUCUUCUACCGGGAAAUGAAUACCGAUUCCGAGUGUUUGCGGAGAAUAUUGUGGCCCGGUCAGCUCCUAGUUUGGCAUCAAAUGCAAUCGUCACAGCUCCAAGCUAUCCAAGCCGAAGUCCUGAAGAAGUUAAAGUUCAUUUCUCUGGAGAUUCCCUCAUUAUUGAAUGGAGUACCAUUGAUCCAGUAUACUACGGCAGCUCAGAUCAAGAUGUACAUUACGCAAUUCUAAUCCAAGCUUCAAGUUCAUUGACAGGAUACACUGUCACCCUGCCAGUAUCAGCCACAUCAUAUAUUUGGGGUGUUAUAAAUCCAUCUGAGACUUAUUCUGUUGUUGUGCAGACUGUUAAUUCAUAUGGUGUUGGACCAGUGGCCUCACCAAUAACACCUGAAUGUGUUCCAGUGCAUUGUAGUAUAUACUGUGUGUAUGGAUUUGUCUAUGAUAAUAAUGGCUGUCAACUAUGUCAAUGUAGUCCACCUCCUCCAACAACACCAGUACCAACAGUUGCAUGUGUAACAGUGACUUGUAUUGGAUCCUGUCCUGGUGGUAGACGAGUUGAUGAAAACGGCUGUCAAACAUGUGAAUGCAUUGGACAGCAAGCACCUGUCAGCUGCCCACCUAUGGCUGAUUGCCAGAUGUUUUGCAGUCAAGGAUUUGUGAAGGAUAAAAACGGCUGUGACACCUGUGAGUGCUUGUACUCAGCUACAGAUGAUACAAAUGGACCAGUUAUAAAAUGUGAACCUUUUCAAUGUUCGUUAGAAUGUAAUUUUGGUUAUGAAACCAAUGACUUUGGUUGUACUGUCUGUGAAUGUUUUUACCCAACCUCUCAAUCAGAUAUCAGUUAUGUAGACUCAGCGGGCGAUGACUGUCCGCCUUUUGUCUGUGACAAGUUCUGUUUCUUCGGUUAUGAGGUGGACAGUGACUAUUGCAGGAUAUGUACAUGUCGGGCUUACAAUGAAAACCUACUACCACCAGCCCCAGAGAAUGUCAGUUGCUUUGAGAAAAGGAGCUUGACGUUACAGGAAAUUGAUUCAGCUCUGAAUUCAGGCUAUCUUAUAGCACCAUUUCCUGAAGCACCGGUGUGCGACAAGGAUGGACAUUUUGUAGAGCAGUCAUGUACUGUAGAAACUGGAUGCAUAUGUGUUAACAAAUUUACAGGCUUCGCCAGCCAACUUGAAUACCCUGAUUGUGCUCAGUACAAGCCAUGUCUGCUACACUUUUCUGGUACUAUGAUCGAAGCUAUCAGAAGUGCAGGAUAUGGCGAGGAAGCUAACCAGAUACAAAAAAUGGUGGACAACCAGAAUUUGGAUCAAGCCAUUAGCAUUCUUGCAGUGCUGGAUGAAGAACUAGUUAGCGUUUACUUGGUUGAUCAGUUCUUGCCGGAGUGCGAUAGUUUUGGUGAUUACAACGACAAAUCACGUCAACUGUCAACUGGAAGUAGCAUUUGUAACUACAGAAAUGGAACGUUGAUUCCAAGCAGUUUACGAACAUUUGAUGAACCAUCUGUCAACUGCUAUGUAUAUCUCGUUGAUGAAGCUCCCUCGAUAGUCUUCGAUACUCAACCAUCAGAUUCCACAGUAAAGGUUGGUGGCAAUGUAACACUUAGUUGUGCCUUCAGUGAGGUAGAAGGCUACGUCUACUGGGUUAAGAAUGACAUUCCCGUCAACGUGUUCCCACAUGGUCGUUAUCAACUAGAGCGAAAAGAAGCAGACAAGACUUAUAAUCUUCUGAUUGUUAAUGCUCAGAAGGAGGAUGAAGGGGGCUAUACUUGUGGAGUUUCUUUGAAAUCAUUGAGUAAAACAAGUUCAGUAGCUUACCUGACUGUUUCAGAAAGUACAACAGUUGGGGUGCAACAAAGAUGCUUCGAAAAAAGAGAUUUUCUAAUCAGUGGACAAGAACUCCUAAAAGAAUUGGAAGUUGAGGUUCCUGAUGUGCCUCUGCCAUCAUGCACUGCAGAUGGUCGUUUUGAAGUCCUUCAGUGUGUUGAAGGAACUGGAUGUUAUUGUGUAGACAGUGAUAGCGGCGAAUUUGUUGAACUUUUUCCACCAGAUUGUGUACCAGUAGAAGAUUUAACGUGUGCUCAGGUAACAGCGUCAAUCAAAAAAGCACAGCAGGGUGCUGAGGCCCCAGGAAUUGCUGGUGUACCAACACUUACAUGCUCAGAAGAUGGCAACUAUGAACCUGUCCAGUGUGUUGGUGGUGUUGGCUGUUACUGUGUGGACACCAAGACUGGUCAACCCUCCGGACUUGUUCCACCCAACUGUGUACCAGUAGAAGAGUUAACGUGUGCUCUGAUAGCAGCAUCAUUGAAAGCGCAGAAGGAUGCUGGUGCACCAGAAGUUGCUGAUUUACCGGUACCUACAUGCGCAGAAGAUGGCAACUAUGAAGCUCUCCAGUGUAUUACAGGUCUUGGCUGUGUCUGUGUGGACCCAGUGACUGGUCAACCCUCCGGACUUGUUGCACCCAACUGUGCUGGUACAUCUAACACCACAGAGGCAGGAAAAUGUGCUAAGGAAGCCGCUGCCAUCAAUAAACAGCUAGAGGAAGCCGAGAAACUUGGAACAUUCAUCGCUGAUUUGGCGCCACCAUCCUGUACACCAGACGGCAACUACGAGCUCUAUCAAUGUUCGCUUGAACCUGGGUUGUGUCUGUGUGUGGAUGCCAUUACUGGAGAAAGUUCUGGCCUUCUAGGACCUGAUUGUGUACUAACAGAGGAGUUAACGUGUGCUCAGGUGGCUGCAGCUCUUGAAACACAACUUGCAACUGGACUUUUGUCAGGAAUUCCAGGUGUGGUGGCACCUACCUGCACAGCAGAUGGCAACUAUGCACCUCUUCAGUGUAUUACUGAUCUUGGCUGUGCCUGUGUGGACACCAAGACUGGUCAACCCUCCGGACUUGUUGCACCCAACUGUGAGGCCGUCACUACAGCGGCUGGAAAGUGCGCCAUGGAAGCUGCUGCCAUCCUUAAACAACUGUAUGAUGCUGAAAAAGAAGGAACGUACAUUGCUGAUUUGGCACCACCAACGUGUACACUGGACGGAAACUAUGAUCCUCUUCAAUGUUUUCCUUUAAUUGGUUGUUAUUGUGUGGACACCCAAACUGGUAGUGAGUCUGGUUUAACUGCCCCUGCUUGUGUACCUACUACACCUCAGCCCGAAACAAAAACAUGUGCUGAGAGAGCAGCUGCCGUCAAUAAACGACUGGACGAUGCUGCAAAAGCAGGAACCUACAUUGCAGAUUUAGUGCCACCUAGUUGUACACUGGACGGCAACUAUGAACCGCAUCAAUGCUUUCCUUUGAUUGGUUGUUACUGUGUGGAUAGCAUUACUGGUGAACCCUCCGGCCUAACUGCUCCAGCAUGCGAAACUGUUCAAAAGAGAACAUGUGCUGAGGAAGCUGCUGCUAUUAAUAAACAACUUGAUGAUGCGGCAAGAGCAGGAACGUUUAUUGCUGAUUUAGCGCCACCAACAUGUACACCAGACGGCAACUAUGAGCUUUACCAGUGUGUGCCAUUACUUGGAUGUUUCUGCGUGUAUGCAUUAACUGGAGAAAAGUCUGGUCUAACUGCUCCAGACUGUGUGGAUUCUGCUGUCUACUAUGUAGCGUGUGCUGCUGUAGCUGCUGGUAUCAAUGAAACGCUGGAGGAUGCCAAAAGAACAGGAGUAACCAUCGCCGACUUAGUACCACCAUCAUGUACAGAAGAUGGCAAUUAUAAGAAACUACAGUGUUUACCAGAAUUGGGUUGUUUUCAGAUGAUAUCAUACAUAGAGCAAACUAAAGCAAAUGCUAUAGCCAAAGGGCUGACUGUACCAGACCUGGUACCUUUGAAUUGUUCUGAAGACGGCCGUUACAAAGCUGUACAGUGUCAUCAUUCAAAGUGUUUUUUGGUUGAUGAAGAGACAGGAAACUUUAUUAGAAACAUUGAACCUCAAAUUGGUACUACACCAACCCCACCACCAUCAUUUACAAUAGACGUUUCGGGACCAGGAAGAUGUGCUGAAGUUGCGGCAGAAAUUGUAGAGCAAUUAGCUGAAGCAGCAGCGCAAGGUAGAUUCAUUGCCGACUUGACACCACCUAGUUGUACUGUUGAUGGCAAUUUCAUGCUUGUUCAGUGUAGAUAUCCAAUUGAGUGUCAUUGUGUAGAUCAGUAUACUGGGGAACCAUCCUUCUACUCCAUGCCAAAUUGCCAAGCCCCUAGUGACUGUGCUAUACAACGGCAGGUAGCCACUGAGGCUAACCAAGCAUUCAUUCCUGAAUGUGAUAUUGAUGGCUCAUACAAGUCGAGGCAGUGUUCUGGAUCGAUUUGCUGGUGUACCUUAAAGUCUGGCGCACCAAUUCAAGGAACUACCCAUAAAGACAGUAACUCCAUAAAUUGCAACUUGGAAAGACCAGAAGAUUCUGCUGAUGCAAGUACACCAGGACCAAAUUAA